UUAUAACAGUGGAAAGGACGAUUAAAUACAUUUGGUGAGUUUACGUCACGUCAUGUUAAACUAGGCCACAUGCUGCCUUCACUGAUCCUUGAAAGUCUCUUUAUCCAUGCUCAGAAGUUGUAACAUCGUUUCGUUGCGAGUUUGUUCAUUUUGAUAUCACACGACAAAAUUGAAUCUGUAACAACAUAACAUGAGAAAAAGACACUUUUAACUCGUACCUGAUAUCUUAUCUCUAAAUGUUGAAUAUUUGAAGGUAAAAUGCCACACACACUGUGCUUCCAUCUCGCAAAGUAGUUAAUAAUUCCGACAGCACGUAAAGGCAGCAGUGUGCUUCAUAACACCUAGCUACCAGCAGACACUUGAACAUCAAGCACAGAAAAAAGAACCAUGGCUGCACUUUUCAAAGCAAGGAAAGCUCUGGGCUUGUGUCUGAGUGGUUGUCGGAGUCUGUCGCAGCUGGCAGAGUUACCAGAGACUCAUCAGAUCCUGAGACAGACCUGCAGAGACUUCGCUGACAGAGAACUGACCCCCAUCGCUGCCAAACUAGACAAAGAACAUACUUUCCCUGCCAAACAGAUCCAGGAGCUGGGUGCGAUGGGGGUGAUGGCCAUGGAGGUACCGGAGGAGCUGGGCGGAGCUGGGAUGGACUAUCUGGCGUACAGUCUGGCUAUAGAGGAGAUCAGCAGAGGCUGCGCCAGCACGGGAGUCGUGGUCUCUGUUAACAACUCUCUGUACAUCGGACCCAUACUGAAGUUUGGUUCAGAAGAGCAGAAGCAGCAGUGGAUCACGCCGUUCACCAGCGGAGACAAAGUGGGCUGCUUCUCCCUCAGUGAGCCUGGUAACGGCAGCGACGCGGGCGCAGCCUCUACGAUAGCGCGUCAGGAGGGAGACGAGUGGGUGCUGAACGGAACCAAAGCCUGGAUCACCAACAGCUGGGACGCCUCCGCCACCAUCGUGUUCGCCACCACGGACAAGAAGCUCAAACACAAGGGCAUCAGCGCGUUCCUCAUCCCCAUGCCGUACCCGGGGCUUUCUCUGGGGAAGAAGGAAGAUAAGUUGGGCAUCAGAGCUUCGUCCACCGCCAACAUCAUCCUGGAGGACUGCAGGAUACCGCUGGGCAACAUGCUGGGACCCCGCGGUGCCGGAUUCAAAAUCGCCAUGCAAACCCUGGACAGCGGACGGAUCGGUAUUGCGGCUCAGGCUCUCGGUAUCGCUCAGGCUGCUCUGGACUGUGCUGCAGACUACGCGCACAAACGCACCGCAUUCGGAGCCCCCAUCGGCAAACUGCAAGCCAUACAGUUCAAGCUGGCUGACAUGGCCGUGGCCCUCGAAAGCGCUCGUCUGCUCACCUGGAAGGCUGCUCUUCUUCGAGACGCUAAGAAACCUUUCUCUAAGGAAGCAGCCAUGGCCAAACUGUCAGCGUCUGAAGCCGCCACGUUCUGCUCACAUCAGGCGAUCCAGGUCCUGGGUGGGAUGGGUUACGUGGCGGACAUGCCCGCAGAGAGGCACUACCGUGACGCUCGCAUCACAGAGAUCUACGAGGGCACCAGUGAGAUCCAGAGACUGGUGAUCGCCGGCCAGUUACUGAAGGAAUACCAGCAGUAGAAACACCUCAGUACCUUCUGGUACAAUACGAACAUAAUCCCAGAUCCGCGUCACAUCAUCACCUCAUCCGUAACGAUAAAGAAGCAACGAGAUGUCAGCUGACGUGCAGCUUUUAUAUGGUUUUUUUUUUUUUUUUUUUUUUUUUUGGCAACAGGCGACAGAUCAGAGAUCACACUACAAGAUUGAUCUGAAUCUACUCGUCCAUUAUUACCUCCAACGUCUCCAGAAGGGCAUUCAGGAAUAACGUCACAGUUUCACACCCGCCUGUCUCCGCUGCCUUAAGACGACGUCCGUAUGUUGACAGUUUUAAAGGGUCAGAUCACCCAAAUAAAAUACAAAUAACUCUUACCUCUAGUAGUGUUUAGAAUAUAUUAGAAUUUAAAGAUAGUUGAAAGCAAAGAAACUAUAAACUCCAGUACUAACACUCUCCGUCUCAUUAAAACCAGUCCGCUCCAUUAAAACUCUGCUGAAUCAACUGUAUCAAAUCAAAACCUUUUUAUGGGUUUUAUGGUAUUCAAAUUGCCUCCAUAUUACUGCUGCUGAUGGUGGUGACGAGGUUGAAUUCACAGCAAAUCAGGCGUUGCGGUGAAAUACGCCAGUCUCUUCAUUUGAACGAGGGCGGCGUGUUGAGGCUGCAACGGCGGCGAGAAAGAGAGAGAGAGAGACACAGACGCUGGUCGAGCGAGCUAGAGAGUGCAUGGAGAGAGCGAGAAAGCUGUUAUUUUCUGAUAGUUUCACAGCGGUUACAAAUAAACGAGCCUGCAGAGCUGCACAGCAACGCCUUAUUAUAUCUUAAUAAAGCAUAAACGGCCAAAUCAUGCAGCCAAACCUCAAUAAGUAACUUCCUCUUGUUUUUUUUAGCACGUUUCUCUCUCGACUCUUCGCCUCCCAGUUUAAAACCUCUGCUCUAACUCUAACAGCGUCUCUCCAUGCAGGUAGUUUUGGUUUUUUGUGUCCGACAUUGUGAGAUUUAUUUCCUGCUGCUCAGAAGAUGAAGAAAAAAGAAGCAACUGUCCUUUCAGAAAUAUCCAAUUUUACUCUGAAUAGUCCAUAAAAUGUUUCUUUAGUUGCUACUUUCUACAAAAUGUUUGACAAAACAAUCCUGACUCAAGGUUUUCUUACUGUUUGUGUCCAUAUUGGACAUUUCUGCAGCUCAUCAUUUACGUCCAAAGCCAACGUUCAGCAUCAAAGCUCCAAAAAGAUUGUAAGUGGAUUAUUUUGUCAAACAGAUGAGCCGAAAGAAUCAAUUUCCAGAUUCCCAAAGUUGUUGUUUUUUUUGUGUGUGUGUGAUUUUGGGUGAACUGGCCCUUUAAGAAGAUGGGUUGUUGUCCUGUUUUUGUUUUUUUGUUUUUUUUAAAUCAGUUGUUUGCUUCCUGUAAAGAAAUAUUGAACACUUUGUGAGAAGAGUUUCACCAGCAGGGGGCGACGUGGUGCCUUCAUGUUUCUUGACCCAUUUCUGCUUCACACAGACUGAACAUCAUCAUCAUCAUCAUCAUCAUCAUCAUCAUUAUGAUCAGGAAACGCUGCAUUAAAAUCUCAUUUACACUCUUUUUUUUUCUUUCAGAAUGUACAGAGUUGCUGACCCCAGUUUGACUAACCCAGUCAGAGUUUAUACUUGAAUCAUUAACUGGUUUGUUAGAGAAGCUGAAAGCAGUUUGAGGUUAAAAUCUGUGAAUGAAUCAAAGACUGUAAAGAGGCUGUAAUGAAAUGAAAUGAAUCUGCUCUGUUGUUGAUGUUGUUCACAGACCUCUUGUGCCUCCAAUGUACAUAUUUUAUUGUAAUUUAUUGUGUGCAAAUGAUAAUAAAAACACUUCCUGUUGAUCAUA